GAGAUCCAUCCAAGCUCCUGCCCCCACUGUCCACUCCCCUACCAAAACCCGUUAAGAAAAUAUAGCCACGAUCGCCGGCGGGAUGGCCCACCGCCGCCUCCUCCUCCUCCUCGCCGCCGUCCUCGCCCUCACGGCCACCGCCGCCGUCGCCUCCUCCGACUUCGACGACUCCAACCCGAUCCGCACCGUCACGGACCACGCCGCCUCCUCGCUCGAGUCGGCCGUCCUCGCCGCCCUCGGCCGCACCCGCGACGCCAUCCGCUUCGCCCGCUUCGCCGUCAGGCAUGGCAAGAGGUACGACGACGCGGCGGAGGUGCGCCGGCGGUUCCGGAUCUUCUCCGACAGCCUCGAGCUCGUCCGCUCCACCAACCGAAGAGGCCUCCCCUACCGCCUCGGCAUCAACCGUUUCGCGGACAUGAGCUGGGAGGAGUUCCAGGCGAGCCGGCUCGGCGCGGCGCAGAACUGCUCGGCGACGCUCGCCGGCAACCACCGGAUGCGGGACGCCGCCGCUCUCCCGGAGACCAAAGACUGGAGGGAGGAUGGGAUCGUCAGCCCCGUGAAAGACCAGGGCCACUGUGGCUCCUGCUGGACUUUCAGCACUACUGGUUCUCUUGAGGCAGCAUAUACUCAGGCCACUGGGAAGCCCGUCUCUCUUUCUGAGCAGCAGCUGGUUGACUGUGCUGGUGCAUACAAUAAUUUCGGGUGCAGCGGAGGCCUGCCAUCUCAGGCCUUUGAGUACAUCAAAUACAAUGGUGGCCUUGACACCGAAGAGUCUUACCCUUACACUGGUGUCAAUGGCAUCUGUCAUUACAAGCCUGAAAACGUUGGAGUCAAGGUUUUGAACUCCGUUAACAUCACCCUGGGUGCUGAGGAUGAAUUGAAGAAUGCUGUUGGACUUGUUCGUCCAGUUAGUGUUGCCUUUCAGGUGAUCGACGGUUUCAGGAUGUACAAGAGUGGAGUUUACACAAGCGACCAUUGUGGAACUACUCCUAUGGAUGUGAACCACGCUGUUGUGGCCGUUGGCUAUGGUGUCGAAAACGGAGUUCCCUACUGGCUCAUCAAGAACUCAUGGGGCGCAGACUGGGGUGACAAUGGUUACUUCAAGAUGGAAAUGGGCAAGAACAUGUGCGGUGUUGCUACUUGUGCGUCCUACCCUGUUGUAGCAUGAGUUGCCCAUGUGCAAGCUCCAUUUGCCGUCAAUUUACUUGGCCUCGAUAAUAUAUUUUUCUGCCCAAGGAUGAAGAUGGGUAUACAGCGACUGAAACUAUUCUGUGAAUAUAAGAUCAUAAGGACAGGAAUUAGCCCAGUCAAGUGCCUGUAACUUCUCCUGUAUGAUUGUGUAGGUAAUCCAGCAAUUGGGGUUUCAGAGUACUCAUUAUAUGGCUCGAUGGCUGUAACAUUCUAUUUAAGCGGCAGAGUGGUCUAUUCAUAUCAUAUUUCAUAGUGCAGCUACAAAAUUGCGUGUCAUGCGUACAUUACUAUGCUGUA